GUCAGUUCAUGGAGCAGUUGCUUUGCAAUGUUAUCAGUCUACAUCCUGCACUCUCUCUGUGUGAGUCCUCUCUCUCUGUGAGCUUGAACUCUCUCUCCCAGUUGGAUUUGGACGUGAACGAGCUUCUCCAGGUCAGCGGCUGAUGUAGCUUCGACACGUGUUUUACCCUCAGAAACAUCUCUGUUCACAUUGAGGAGGUUCUUCUUUUGGGCUUGGUGAUUAAAAAAAGGGGAAUCGUUGAAUCUCAAUUGCGAUGGACGACUUGGAAAAUGAGCUGUGUUCCCUUGACGAAGACUUACAUGAAGACAGUGACUUCAUUGAGAACGACUCGAAAAAAAGGAAAAAACCAAAGCUUCCUCUGGCAAACGUCAUGCGUGGUGACGCUGUGCGUGAAACGGGGUUUCACCGGAACACCCGCAUGUGUCUGGAGCACAUCAGAGACGCCAUGCUGCACCACAGGUGGCAGGAGGCAGCGGAAUACAUGGCAUGCUACAGCCAGAUUUUAGAAGACACAGCGCAUAACAAAGCUCCGCAGAAUAAAGAGACUGUUUGGAGAAUCGGCACCGAGAUCCUUCAUCAUCAUCCCAAGUCGACCCUGGCGGAUUACAAGAACAUCUACGAGAGAAUGAAGCAGUCCGGAAUUCGACAUUACCUGAUGAUUUGCUUGGAACAAUCUUUCCACCUGAUGCUCCACGGCCACGUUGCAGAUGCCAAGCAGCAGCUCUCUGCAGGCGAGAGCUGGAGGUACGGGAAGGAGUCUGCAGCUCAGCAUCAGAGGAUCAAGCUGGUCCAGGCCUACAGGAGUCUGCUGGACUACGUCAGCUGGUGCGAGAAGAAGUCCACAGCCAGCGGCAGCAAAUAUUUUGAUUCUGAUGACCACCACAGUGUCCACAGCUACUUCAGGCAAGCCUCUGUGAGUCUGAGGGACAUUUUGAAAAGUCCAGGCGUCUGGGAUCCCUUCAUCCUGAGCUACGUCGAGAUGCUGGAGUUUUACGAAGCUCACGACGAGGCUCUGAAGAUGCUGAACGACUACGCCUACGACAGCAGCUUUCCACCGAACCCCAACGCCCACGUGUACCUGUACCAGUACUUGAAGCGACACAACGCUCCCGAGAAAAACCUCAUGAAAGUCUUGAAGGUUCUGUACGCACUGGUGCCGAGCCAUGAGCUGGCGCUGGAGUACACCUCCCUCCUGCUGCGCUCAGAGAAAAGCAAUGCUGCCCACAUAGCUUUAGAAGUUGUUCUUCACAUGCUGGACUUUGCCUGCUGGAGGAGAAACCUGGGCGUGUGGGAACAAUUACAGACCAUUAUUCAACAGCUGCAGACAAAAGCCGACUGGCAGGGCGUCGUCACUGAAAAGAUGGCUCCGAGGAAGGACUGGUGGCCAGCGCUGCAUUUCACCAGCUCACAUGCAAGUCAGGACUCUGGAGAGAACCCCGAGCUGUUCAGAGUGAAAUCCUCGCUGAGUGAAGUCCUUCUCCCCGACUGUUCACUGAAGUACACCACUGAACAGAAAACCAAUGGAAAAACACCUGACAGUACAACUUCAGGAAACAAUAAAGUUCCCAUGUCAUCAGGAGGGAAGAGAAAACUUCUAAAAAGGCGUCUCGAUGAAUAGUUGAUAUAAACUUGUACAGUUUUUUUUUUUAUAUAUAUAAUUUAAUUAUAGACUGAAGCAAUGCAAUGCAUCUCUCAGCCCUCGCUUUAUUUAUUUAUUUUUUCAAGUCCCUGUUCCUUCGUGUUGAGCUGAAGCGACCACUACGUGGCGCUGUUGCUCUGCGCUUCUCGCUGUGGCGGCCUGCUUCGCCUCCUCAGACUGGACUCGGCGCAGCGCCGAAUGUCGGCAUUACUGCCGCCUUCGUGGCGACUGUCAACAUUUUUAACGAGAGCUGAGUCUGCGCCCGACCUCGGGUGAACUCCGACCGCCGGACGGCGGCGGGGGGCGGGGGGUGGGGGGGGGGGCCUUUAACGUCACUAGCGAGCGUGCACCAUGCAGAGCCUGGGGGAUUUGCUCCCUGUCAUCUCUGCUGUCACGUCACAAGACUCAUCCCAGAACCUUUGAGCAGCAUGUUGAGCCGCCGACUGUCAGGUGGUCGCCGCCGUGCCGCCGCCUCAGUCAGACUGGGAAACGUGGAAGACGCCUCAGUCUUUCUCUACAAUAGAAGCCUUGUAUUUCCCCAUUCCCUUCAUUUACUGUAUCUUAAAAAGAGAGAGAUAUUUUGCUGAGUUUUUCACGGCGAGACGAGAAGCUGGCCUUCAGACGCUGCUGCUGCUUUCUCUCCUCAGCCUUUUGCACCGAACCAUGAAAUAAAGUCUUGCAUCCAGCAGCAUGCCAAUUUAAUAAGUGAAAGUGUUUGUAAUGAUUCUGUUUGGGCUUGCCACAGUGUUGGCUAUGCAGCAGCUCAGUCAUCCGUGGUCUGUGUGUGUGUGUGUGUGUGUGUGUGUGUUGCUUUGCAGUCAUUACAUAAACCAAAGCCCAGAGCACUUGCCCUACCAAAGGAGCAGCUGCAGAAGGGAUCUGGGAAUACAUAACACAUGUCAUUUGAAAAUUCAAAACUUGUAGAGCGGCGAGGAGGACGGGGAGGAGGGAGCCGGUCACUGCCUUGGACCUUGUCCUGGUCGUGACCUUCUCGCAACUUUUCCAGCUCUUUUGAAUUUUCUAAUGGCCUGCGCAGAUGUUCACAGGUCGCAUUACCAUUGAAGGUACGAUCCCUGUCUUCGGCCGUCCGCCUCCUGUACUGUUCAUUCGGUUCGGGGUCGGAGAGGUGGAGCCGAUCCCAGCUGUCGAUGGGUGGGAGCAGGGUACGCUGAGCAGGUCGCCAGUCCGUCACGAGGCAAACUCGGGAAGGAAGACACGCUUAAGGACAAUUCAGAGGAAACAGUUUGCCAAAUGUGCGUGUUUUUAGAAACUACACAGAGAAAACCUGCCAGAAUCAAACCAGGGACUUUCUCACUGUGAGAUGAAUGUGCUAACCACUGUACCUGUUCAGUCUCAUUAGUACCGGGGUGUGUUGACUCUAUCUGGCUUAAUGUCUGUC